UCCAUGUCUUUGCUGUGCACGCAUUCAAGCACCGGCAGUAGAGCGAGCAUGGGUAUAAAGGUCAGCGGUGCAGCAGUCCUGUGACAAGGCCAGGCAGAAUUCCACUUCGCCCUUAAAUCCAUGCUUGGAGAAGCUCCAAGAGAAGAUCAGAUGAGCCCUAAGGAGAAAAGGCACAGUGAAAGUUUGCUCUGAAUUCCUUUCUGGCUGCUUUUUGUGUGUUGUCGAGACAGCUGGCCAGCGGGACUGGUAUCGGGGCGGAGAGCUGCAGCUGGACGAGAGCAUCUGUGGGUGUAUUCGAGUUCCUUGCUUCUCCCAGGACACCAUGGUGCACCGAGUGGCCGUCAUCGGGGCAGGGAUCAGCGGGCUGGUGGCCACCAAGUGCUGCCUAGAUGAGGGUUUGGAGCCCACCUGCUUUGAGAGAAGCGAGGACAUCGGGGGGCUGUGGCGCUUUGCAGACAAUGCAGACUGCGGGAGGCUCAGCGUGUACCGCUCCAUCAUCAGCAAUACCUCCAAGGAGAUGUCCUGCUUCAGUGACUUCCCCUUCCCGGAGGAUUUCCCCUCUUUCCUUCCUCACAACCUCUUCUUGGAGUAUUUCCGCAUGUACGCUCGGCACUUCCAGCUCCUGAGGCACAUCCGCUUCAAGACAACAGUUAUCAGUGUGAGGAAGCGCCCGGAUUUUGCCACCUCAGGCCAGUGGGAUGUGAUCACUGAGACAGAGGGCAUCCAGGAGUCGCACAUCUUUGAUGCUGUCAUGGUCUGCGCAGGAAUCUUUCAGAAGCCCCACCUGCCGUUGGCUUCUUUCCCAGGUAUUGAGACCCGCUUCAGAGGUCAGUACUUUCACAGCCUGGAAUACAAAGAUGCAGCUGCUUUCCAGGGAAAGCGAGUCCUUGUGGUUGGACUUGGGAACACCGCCUGUGAUAUUGCUGUGGAUAUGAGUCAUGUUGCUGCAAAGGUAUUUCUCAGUGCCAGGAGCACCACGUGGGUGUUCAGCCGGGUGGCAAACCAUGGCUUACCCUGGGACAUGCUCAACACCACGCGCUUUAAUCACUUUCUUGAAUGGCUUCUCCCAUCAGCCAUCAUGAAAAGGAUCAAGAUUUGGAAGAUGAAUUCAUGGUUUAACCAUGAGAUCUACGGCUUGGCUUCUGCUAAAAGUUCCAAUUUUAAAUUCAUUAUCAAUGAAGAGCUGCCAUUUUGCAUGCUCUCUGGAACCAUUGUGCUGAAAUCAAAUGUGAAGGAGUUCACCGAAACUUCAGCCAUUUUUGAAGAUGGAACAACUGAAGAGAACAUCGAUGUGGUGAUCUUUGCCACAGGCUACAAUUUUUCAUUUUCCUUUCUUGAAGAGUCAAUUUGCAACCAACUCAAAAGUAAUCGUACCCUAUAUAAAUGUGUCUUCCCACCCCAGCUGGAAAGGCCAACGCUAGCUGUCAUUGGUUUGAUCCAGCUGACUGGCUCUGUGAUGGUGGGAGCAGAAAUCCAGGCUCGCUGGGUGACAGGAGUCUUUGCAGGCGCAUGCAAACUCCCUCCCAGCAGCAAGAUGAUGGCUGAAGUCUCGAAAAAACAGCUGCCAGUCAAAAGGUCCCUUCAUGUCACCCUACAGCAGGGCAGCCUGAGGGAGCUCAGCCAGCUUGUGUUCCUUGCAACAUGGUGGCUCUUGCAAGCCCAGAGCAGUGACCCAAGUUACACCAGUGAGAUUGCUUCGUAUGCCGGUGUGAAGCCCAGCAUGCUGCGGCUGCUCCUGACCGACCCUCGGCUGGCCCUGGCUGUCUUCUUCGGGCCCUGCACAUCCUACCAGUACCGCCUGAUGGGACGGGGGCAGUGGAGCGGGGCUAGGGCUGCCAUCUUGACACAGUGGCAGCGGGUCUUGAAACCUUUGAGAACUCGGGUGUUGGAGGACAGUGCCUCCUCACACUCCUGGUGCUGGCUGGGCCUCCUCGCCCUGCCUACAGCACUGGUGGUAGGGUUCCUGCUCUCCAAAUGUCCCAAGCUGGGGUGGGCUCCCCGGGCACGACUUAUGUUCUAGAAGAGACCCUACGAAGACGGUGCCGUGCCGCACCAACAGGGAGGUGUUUGUGGGUCCAGUGUGUGUGGGAUCUCACCCCUCUGUCCCUAUCUGUGGUUGAAAUGCAGCGGGACAAGACUGUGGGGAGGUUUGGGAUGAGGCCGAAUGGCACGGGCCUCCUCAGCACUGCGGAUUUGGGAACAGCAGUUGUGUUCAUAUGGAAACUUCUGGGAGGGGCUAGCCGGAAAUAAACCUCAGCGAGCUUCUAACGGUG